GCCAUAUAUAAGGGCAUAGGAGGCAAGUGUUAUCUUGUUCUUAAUCCAUUGAAAUCUAAAAGAACACAGAAAUGCUUGGAGACGGUGCGCUAGAGGAGGCAAAGGUUCCUUUGCUCAAUGAUUUAGCUUCAGCGGCUAAGUUAAUAGCCAAGCAAGAUGAUGAAAAUCAAUCCCUUUCAACAAGGGUGUGGAUUGAAUCCAAAAAACUUUGGCAGAUUGUUGGACCUGCAAUUUUCAGCCGCCUCGCCUCCUAUUCCAUGGUUGUUAUCACCCAAGCCUUUGCUGGUCACCUGGGUGAUCUUGAGCUUGCCGCUAUCUCUAUCUCCAAUAAUGUCAUCAUUGGUUUCAACUUAGGCCUCUUGCUGGGGAUGGCGAGUGCAUUGGAAACUUUAUGUGGUCAAGCAUUUGGGGCAAAGAAAUACUACAUGUUGGGUGUAUACAUGCAACGUUCAUGGAUUGUUCUUUUCCUCUGUUGUGUUCUGCUUGUGCCUCUGUAUCUCUUUGCCUCUCCGCUUCUGAAUCUCUUAGGGCAGCCUAAAGACGUUGCAGAGCUAUCCGGUGAUGUUGCUAUGUGGAUGAUUCCUCUACACUUCAGCUUUGCCUUUCAGUUCCCUCUGCAGAGGUUCCUGCAGAGUCAGCUGAAGAACAUGGUGAUUGCGUGGGUAUCACUGGGGGCGUUUUUAGUGCAUGUUCUUGUGAGCUGGUUGUUCGUCUACAGACUGCAGCUUGGAGUCAUAGGCACCGCCGUUACUCUGAACUUUUCCUGGUGGGUUUUGGUUUUUGGACUUUUUGCAUACUCUGUCUGUGGCGGCUGCCCGCUCACAUGGACCGGUUUCUCCAUAGAAGCAUUUUCUGGUCUCUGGGAGUUCACCAAACUCUCUGCUGCUUCUGGUGUCAUGCUCUGCUUGGAGAAUUGGUACUAUAGAACAUUGAUACUGAUGACUGGAAAUCUUCAGAAUGCAAAGAUUGCUGUAGAUGCUCUAUCUAUAUGCAUGACAAUAAAUGGAUGGGAAGUGAUGAUUCCUUUCGCAUUUUUCGCAGGCACCGGAGUGAGGGUUGCAAAUGAGCUUGGAGCCGGGAAUGGUAGAGGAGCAAAGUUUGCCACAACAGUUUCCGUGUUAACAUCAAUCGUAAUUGGCCUUUUCUUCUGGCUAUUGAUCUUUCUGUUCCAUGAUCAGUUGGCUCUAAUUUUUACCACAAGCAAACCAGUCUUUAAAGAAGUGAGCAAGCUCUCGCUUCUCUUAGCCUUCACGGUUCUGCUCAACAGUGUUCAACCAAUUCUAUCCGGGGUGGCUGUGGGAUCAGGAUGGCAAUCCUAUGUGGCGUACAUUAACUUGGGUUGCUAUUAUCUUAUUGGUGUUCCUCUUGGAUUUUUGAUGGGAUGGGUUUUUCACCUAGGAGUUAUGGGAAUUUGGGCUGGAAUGAUAUUUGGUGGGACAGCAAUUCAAACAUUGAUAUUGGCCAUCAUUACCAUGAGAUGUGAUUGGGACAAGGAGGCUGAGAAAGCAUGGAUGCACGUAAGGAAGUGGGAGGAACAAAGUAGAUCGGAUUAAUGGACUUUGAAGGCAAGAAUAUUCCUAAGAUAUGAGAUGGCUCUUGCAAAACAUUACAAAUGAUCUCAAAGUCUAGUAUAUUUUUAUCUAUAAUUUAGACUCAAUUGAGUAUUAUUUUGCCUUUGAGUUUUAAAUUUUUAUUUUUUGAAAAAGUGUUUUACAAUCUUAAUUAUAUCAUAUUCUAAAAUAUAAACAUUUAAACAAA